CGAGCACAUGCACAGACUGUGACCCACUUCCACAGGUUUCAUCUGGAGGACAGCAGGUACACUAUAAUGCUCGUGGGUUAUUUGUGAAAGUUUUCACACGGACGCGCGCGUGACAGUCGGACAGUAUUCAAGCUUUAUAUUGAAUCUGAGAGGAACUAAGAUGCCCAAACCAAAGAGUGAAUAUGUCAUCCUCACAGAAGACAGCAUGUUCAGUGUGAUCUUACUCUUUUUACUCGGAGUGGGGGAUGUCCUGUCCACACGGGAGACAUGUCCCUCGGAGAUGUUUACAUCCAAAGGAGAGUGCUGCCAACAGUGCCAGCCAGGGGAGGGCAUGGUCCAGCCCUGUGGAAAGCAUCAGACAGUGUGUGAACCGUGUCUUGACAGUGAGACUUUCUCCGAGAACUUCAGCCACACAGAGAAAUGUCAGACGUGUACACCCUGUCCCAAUCUCAUGCGCAUGCUGACGCCCUGCACCGACUCCAACGACGCCAUCUGCGUCUGUGACUACAGCUUCUUUUUCAGCAGCGUCACAGGCCGCUGCGAGGCAUGCACGGUGUGUCCUGUGGGUCAGGGGGUGCUGCUGCGCUGUAACUACGACCGCGACACGAUGUGCGAGGAGUGCGUUGAUGACACGUUCUCAGACCAGGAAACCUCUUUCGACCCGUGUCUGCCCUGCGCAGUGUGCGAGCAGCCGGAUAUGGAGUUGAAGAGCUGCACUUCUGUCAGUGACGCCAUCUGCCAAGAUGUAGAUCCUCCUAACAGCUCGUCCUCUCCCUCUUCUCCUUCUCCAUAUGUUUCAACUUCUCUUCCCCCCCCUACUUUUUCUCCUUCUUCUCCUCCUCCAUCAGAUGUCUCGUACACGGACAGGUUUCCUCUGGAAGGUCCCACGGAGUGUGUGACCACGGCUGACCCUGGCCUGAAGAAACUUCCCGGGUUGAGUGACAACCUGAUUCCCAUCUACACCUCCAUACUGGCUGCGGUGCUGCUGGGUUUGGUGGCCUUCAUCAUCUUCAAACGGUGGAACAGUUGUAAACAGAAUAAACAUGGAGCCAACAACAGAGCGUGUAGUGCAAACCCCAGUCAGACUCCUUCUCCGGAGGGUGAGAAACUUCACAGUGAUAGUGGGAUCUCUGUUGACAUUCAGAGCCUACAGGAGGCCCAGGGACCCCCGUAUGCAGUGGUUAAAAUAGAUGGAGGUUCAGCCCUCUCUCUACCCUUACACACACGGGAGGAGGUGGAGAAGCUGCUAAAUCGCACCUGCGGAGGGGAGGAGUCAGGGGCCAAUGAAGAAUCCGAUUGGUGCAGCCUGGCAGGGUUGCUGGGAUACAAAGAGGAGCACAUUGCUAAUUUCAAGCAGGAGGAGAGGCCCAUUCAAGCCCUGCUGUGUCAUUGGGCGAAUCAAGAUUCCGCUAGUAUCGAUACGCUUUGCACGGCGCUUAAGAAGAUCAACAGAGAGGAUGUUGCACAGGGCAUCACGGUCAAACCCACAGCAACAUCUGCCGUUUGAGACAUAAACACCUUAUAUUGCCUUCAGUAUACAUUAAUGUUGAUGUAUCACUAUAACCAAAUCCUAAAAGCAGAUACUUUUUAUUUGAACCUUCAAUAAUGGCCAAAUUAUGGUUUAUCCAUUUUACCCCAACAACAUCUCCCAUAAAUUUCACAAAGGUCUCAGUACUCAAAUAGCACACAGGCAGAAAUGAUUCGUUGUACAUUUAAGAUAUUUAAGCAACAAAUACACAAACUACAAGCUGCCUUCAACUUAAGCCUCUUCUUCUUCUCUGUUUCAACUAUUUGUUUGUCUCUAUAAGUGAACCGCUAAUAACACAGGUCAAUAAUAGUAUAUCAAAUGUGGCAGGUUCAGUGAUUUGCUAUGCAAUGAGUGUAACAUAAGCUCAAACCAUAUCCACUGACUCCUUUCUAUCAGAGUUAACUCAUCUCAUGUACACAGAUAAGUGUUGUGCUCCUGUGAUUCACAUACAUGUGCAGUGUUAGUCGAUGUGAGCAGAACAGAAUAAACGCAAAGAAAUACCGAAUGGGUGAUCGCAACACGGCACCUCCAGGAAAGGAUAUCAUUUUUCACUGGAUAUAGCCAGUUAUGUUGUAAAAGGGUAUCGCCUGAUCAUUUAAAUUACGUAUUAGUCAACCAGCUUGAGAAAUACAAAUGAAAGUGUAAUUUAAGUGAAAUCUUGUAUCGUUCUCAUCUUUUAUCACUCAUUUGAAAAGUAAGAUCCUAUAUAGAAUAGCUAGAAAACUGUGUUUGAGCGACACCAUCCAAAACUAGGAUUUGCUACUUGGAUUUGCUUAAAAUCUUCUCAUUCUAGAGAUGAUUUAUUGGACAAACAUUUGUGUAGUGCAAGAGCCAUGGAUAGUUUGGUUCGGUUUUCCUAGACGGACAAUCAAUGACAAUAUAAGAUAAUGUGAGUGUACGGAAUCACUUUAAGAGAGAUUGUAGAGCAACAAUAAUAGGAAUACAGAAGAGCUGGAACUUGGAAGUGGAUUAAGACUUAUCUGAAUGUAAAGGCAUUGAUUUCUUCUUUUUGCAUCUACUAUGUAAAUAGACCUUCUUCAUAUUUACUAGUUAGUCCUGGAAUAUUGAGGCCUGAUGGCAGGAUUCAAAUUUUGGGCAUUCUUGGUCCGGCUUGUUUUCACACAGUCACAAUGUUUGGGGAAGUUUUUCUUAAUCAUCAGAUAUUAUCAAAUAUAGCCUCAAUCAACAUUAUUUCAUUAAAAAUGUAUGACAGUUAAUUGAAUCGACUAUAUGUUUAUAAGUUGUUUUUUUAAUAGUAGUGUUUAUUUUAAGUGGGCAGGUGACUCAGAACAUUCUACAUGGAAUGAGAGGGAGUCUGCUGUCCUGGUGGUCUGGCUGAAAGAUGAUAGCGGUUUUCUUUUCUUUACUUUUUCUUCACUACGGAGGUAAUGUGACACUGGUCAGUAGUAUCUAUGGGCAUCACCAUGACAAAGCGCUUGGCCGUGUGCUCUGUGACCCAAGUCAGAAAAAUGCAACACGACACACAUAUGCGCUCAAACACAUGGCUAAGACACGACCUGUGUGACUGAUCUGAAGAUUUAAGUGAUUUUAUUGAAGAUAUAAUUACAAGUGUUUCACAGUUGCAGAAAACCUGGUCUGAGAAUGUUACAGUUAUGAUUGACACCCCUAGAAAAGUCAAAGAAGUGAAUAUUGAGUAAUGUACUUUUCUGUAUAGUGACUAUAAGUGUUUGCCGUUAGUUACUUCCCUUUAUUAGGACUGUGUAGAGGAACCUGUGAUGUUUACUGGCCACAUUUGUGCUCAAGUAUUCCAAUUCCAAAGGUGUCUAAAUGAAACCCACCCCUUCCAAUCUCCUAAUUAUAUUUCUUAAACCCGACUUUACAGCUUUAAAGAGCAAACAUUUGCCAAAGAUUGCCCAUGUUGGAAGAAAGAGUUAGUGUUAUAACAGAACAGUGGUUUAAAUAGUGCUAAAUCAACAUCACAUACCAUGAAUCUGACAUCUUUGGGUCAAACAUCGAAUUGUAAAUAGAACAGUGGUGUUUGAAAUAAAACCAAAAGAAAUAUGCAGGGCGUUAUAUUUUCUCAGUGUUUUGUUGAGGUUUGCCCAUCUGUUCAUUCUGUGUUCCAUGUUGUCAGUGUAUCAGUGGCUAUAUAAUAGAGUUUGUGUAGCAGAACACUUGUGCGAAAAGCACUAAAUGAACGUACGGUAGCAUUUGGUUCUGGAACGGAUGAAGGCCUUUGCAUUCUCUAGCUGCAUGAUAGUCAAUAUUCAUUCUUAAAAAUCAUAAUAAUAUAUUUUCAGCAUCUACUUAAUGCUGAGGAAUGUGUUUUAAACUUUAUAUAACCCCUUCCCCUCACAAACGUUUAUGGCCAUGCAUUUUUGAAACAUGUAAACACACUGUAAUUUCUAUCUUAAAAUGAAGGCGUUCUCCAUUUCUGGAUGUGAAUUGUUAUUGUUUAUUUCUUUUAGCAUUGUAUAGAGUGUAGCACUUACAAUAUGCAUUUUCUAUAACAAAUGCCUGAGGUUAAUAUCAGGUUUGUAUUGUUUUCUUUUUGUUGAGAUUGUACAUAGUUUGUCGUUGGUUGUGCUUUUUUAUGCAAAGCUUUAAAGUUUUUGUUUGUGGUCAACAUUUUUGGCCAAUCCUGCAGCCAUCCUGACAUUCCCACCCUGAAUUUAAGUUAAUGAUGCCAUGUUGUGCUGGUCGGAUGGAUCAUCCUAUGAAUUAAAAGGGGGUUGGGAUUAUAAUAUUCAAAGAAUAACACACAUAACAUUUUGCCAUGUUAUUCUUGUUUAAAAUAACCACGCUUAUUUAAAAAAAAUUGAGUCUUGGUUUAUUUGUUUCAUGUUUUUUUUCUAGUGUUACACAAUAUCAGAGAAGUCCAUAUCUUUGAGUUGAAUGUUUUAAGAUGGUACGCUGUUCUCUGACAGUCUCUUUGUGUAGUUGUUGGAGCAUUGAGCCUCUGCCCUUCAGAAAUCCCCAAUGAUACCUGGAAACAAACUGCCCCAUGAUGAUAACUAGACUGAAUCUUGCACCCGGUGGAGAGCUUUGUGGCCAAACAGUGAGCGUGAGGACCAUGAGAGGAGGAGGAUGUGAGAUGUGUACAUUGUUUUGUCAUGAUUAUAUGAACACAGGUUCUGCAGGAAGAAGAAAUGCUGAAUGUUACAUGUAUUUACUGUUAUGUACACUGUAUCGCUGUAUAAAUGUGAAUUUACUAGAAUUCAUAAAGUAGUUUUAAUGCAGUUACUAUCACAAACAAGAAAUAAUAAACUAAAUAAGAUUGCAAAUGUAAA